GAUUGAAUAACAAGCGAAUAGAACAUUUUUACAAGAGACCGAUAUCUUUUUCCAAAUGAAUAUAACUGUAGCUGAGACGAUUCGUCAGCAAACAGAUGAUUUAAGAGAUGAAUUAAAGGACUUGAAUCAGUGGGUAGACAAAAUGGCGAAGCUUGAAGAAUCAAAAAAGUGCCGUAAGACAAAGCCUUCUUCAGUCAAAGCAGAAAUCCCUAUUCGUGGUACAGUUCCAUCUAUUAAACAGGCGCUUGUCGAAUUGGCACGUAAAGAAGGUAAACAACUACCUCCAGAGCAAGACCCAGUUCACAUUCAGAAGGAAAAGGGUAAUGAAUAUUUUAUUGUCGGUAAAUACAAGGAUGCAAUAGACACAUACACAGCCGGGAUAGAGUUGGAUCCGAAGGGCAUCAUGGCACAUGUUCUUUAUGCGAAUCGAGCCAUGUGUUGGAUUAAGGAAAAACAAUGGGAAAAGGCCGAAAAGGAUGCAUCCGCCUGUUUACAGAUGAACCGAAGCUAUGCCAAAGGAUAUUUUCGACGUGCAAUAUCACGUAAGAAUCUGCAUGACUUAAAGGGGGCUCGCUCCGACUUGGAAUCCGUGUUGGCGCUUGUACAAAAUGACACUUCUGCGCUUGAGGAACUCAAUACAGUAACUAAAAUGAUACAGCUUGAGCGUGAAAAAGCCGCGGCCCCCAUAACAACGAGGAAACGUAUUACCAUCGAAGAAGUUGACGAUAGUGAUACGGAGUCAUCAGAACGCAUCAAGCAUUCAGAAGAAAUGCAACAAAAAGAACAGGCUAAGAAAAAUAUGGAGGAACUUGAACGUGUUAUUCGAAAUAAUGAACGUGUUCGGUUAGAAACUACAUUAAAAUUAGAAAAAGAAAUGAAGGCAAAGUGUCGUCAGAGCACACGAGUUGAAAUUGUAGAAGCUGAGGAUAAAAACAGCGGUGCUUGUAAACCAUCUGAGGUUGUAGAAAAUUCAGUUCGAAACGUGCCUGAUAAUUCAUUUCAUAGGACAAAAUAUGUGGAUGAGAAACCCGGUUCACUACCACCGCAAGUUAUGAAUGACGUCAUUAAAAAUAACACGUCCUCUGAUGAUCAUUCAGACAAACUGAAUGGAACUGUGCAUCUGCGCCGAAAGCUAACAAAGGAAUCACUAAAAACCCCGAAAUCAUUUAUUGAGUUUGAGAAAGUUUUUUCGGAGAUUGAAUCUGAUGAUGAACUUAGGAAUCAUUUUAUCAGUUCCAUAAAUCCGGCAUUAUUUCCAUCUCUUUUUGGAAGUAAUAUGACGCCCGAAAUAUUUAUCGGACUUUUGUCUACUAUACGUCAACUUCCAGGUUCCACAGCUCUACAAUACCUCAAAGGGUUGAGUCGCGUCAAUCGCAUAGAGGAUAUAACUUUAUUUUUGGAUACCGAAGAGAAGAAUCUGGUUGAUGAUGUUUUGUCCUUACUUAGGAAUGGUGGCGUUCCUGAAAAAGAAAUCAUACCGAUUCAACGCAAGUUAAAGCCUCUAUGAGCAUUAUAAUUGAAAUUAAAAGUCCAUUGCACAGUUUCUAAUAUGCUUCUCUGAUAAUGGCUUAAUUAUUCCUAUUUAGAUAAGGGUUUAGUGGUAUUUUGAUUAUUUACUUUAUAUUAUUUUGUUAUAUAUUACUCCUUAAAUUAAUUAUUAUAUAGACCUUCUUUUUAAAAA